AUGGACGAAAUUGCAGAGUGUUGCAGCAUGCAGUUGCUGCUGGAAAUGCAGCUCGUGAUCCUCCAGGACUACAGGAGGGUCUGGAGCCUCCUCGACAAGUAUACCAGCCAGCAUACAGGGAUGACUCCACGAGGUCCGGUUUGGAGGGCGGAAGCAGAAGUCGUACAGGCGGUGCACACGCUCAUGAACGACGCAGUCCUCAUCGCCCGACGAGCCGUUUCGCGUGUCUUCGUUCACGGCGUCUGUUAUUGUGGUGCCUACCUUUAUUUCCAAGUCGUGUUGGCGAAGUCGUUGUGUUCGGGCAGGGGUUGGUAUUGCGAACGCGGCCAGGGCCUUUGUUUCGGAAUCGGUUCGGCGUUUGUGUCGAUGGUCGUGGUGAUAUCGAAAGUUUUCCAAAUCUUGCAAUACAGCUGGUAUGUAUGGAGAACCAGCAAUCGUUACCAGACGGCACUCAUCACAGUUCCUGACCAGUACGAAUUCAUGCAUAAUGAUAUCACAGAUUCCCGGAAGCAGUUCAACCUUCUAUUUUUGAUGAUGGUGAUAGUGUCGGUCUUUUUUGCGUGUAUCUCCACGUGCAUAUUCGUCAAGUAUACAAUGUGA